GAAAGAGAGAAGAGGACAGGAGGAGACAAGAGACAGAGAGAUGUAAAAAAGAAAGAAAGAGAGGCAAGAGAAGAAUAAGAAUAAUGAGGAAUUUCUGGUAAGUGAAAUUGAAGACUGAGAGAAGAAGAGAAGAGAGAGUAAAAAAAGGAUAAAAGGAGAAAGAAGAGUGAAGCUGGAAAGCAGCAGUGAUGAAUGCGGCUCGGAUUCAUGACAAACACAAGCUGAAGUCGUUCUGGGAGCAGAGGAUCGUUCAGCACAGCGAGCAGAUGGACGAGGAGGAGAACCGCAUGAGGAGCAGCUCUCUGACACGGCUGAGGGAGCAGUGGUCGGUCAGGUUGGAUCAGAGGAAUCAGCACCAACAGAGUUUCUUCGAGGAGAGAAUCAGACGAGCUCAGAAAGCUCAGCAGAGCCUCAGGAAGCUCAGCUUUCCCUAAAAGUUCCAGAUCGAGCUGGGGAAGGUUACAAAAUCCAAAAUCUAUCUUUUUAGAAAACACAUAAAAUAGGCACCUUCUUAAGGAAGGUUUACCUUCUAUGUUGCAUUUCAAACUAGCAUGGUAACAUUGUUUUGUCAUUACUUGUAUAUAUUAAGGAUUUUCCAUUGGCCUGGGUUGGUCCACUUUAGCCAUGAUGGGCCAAGUCAUGUCGUGAUGACGUGUUUCCACUGCCUCCAGGAAGAGCACUGGCCUUUGAAUCCAAUUUGACAUAGUGGCCAAACCAUGUAAUUACAGCAAAAAGCUUGUUAUCUUAUAAGCUUACAUUGUAAAAUGAGCAGCUGUAAGAUGGCAGAUUUUUUGAGCAUCACAACCCUUGACGAAAUGACAUCAGAAUUUGAUCAAUCCGGUCUGAUAACAUUUGUAAAGUCGGCUUGGUCAGCAGUAGACUCUAGUGCUUGCUCUAUUGGCUGCACGAUGUGAAAGCAGAUGUGGGUAAUUUUACACUGGGAAAUCAAACUUUUUUGACUUCAUGUGCCACUGAGCAGCUUCCAUAGGAUUUAAUGGGGCCCCACCUCCAGAACUGUAUCUAUAUGUGACUAAGGUGAGCACAAAAGGCAACAACUUUUACCACGUUCCCACGUUGUGUCAUCAAGUCAAGAAAAGUUGGGGCAACAUGGUUGCCUACUCAUGGCUCUUCGCAGCAUGGCUCAGUGUGACAACCUCCACCAUAAUAGAAAAGCCUAUAUGUUGAUGUUGUUACUCCAUAACCACAUAAUCCUUGGUUUAGUAAAAGUAAAUAGAUAAAAUCUCCAUCUCCAAAUUAGUAUCUUCAACUUUACCUGCUUGCUUUACUUUUCAUCCUUGCAAAGAUGUAAAUUAAAAUUUAAAAACCCAAUGAAACUGUUUGGAAAAUGUCAUUCAACUUCAAGAUUUGUUUGUAGUGUUGAAUCAUUUUAUGCUGACACCAGACUUGUCAUAAAAGUCACAACAGUGAAGAAGCUGAGGUCGAUCCAGGGAGGGACUGUGAUCGAAUCAUUGCUGUUCUGGAGAAUUGAUGUGGGCCAGUGCUGGGAAAUGUGCUGUUGGUAUGUCUUUUUCAGUUUUUAGCAGCCACAUUUUUAAUAAA